UGCCAAUCGCCAUCGCCAUCAAAAUCGUAGAUCAAAAUAUCAAAAUAUUUUUUGGUUGCUCAGAAAAGCUUUUUGAGGUAGUACAUACCUACCUAUUUCGUUUCGAAGUUUUUAAAAAUCUGACUUCAAAAUCAAUGAUUUUUAUGAAAGAUUAAAACUCAUGUAGCUGUGUUUAUCUGUGGUGAAAUGGUUGUAAAAAAAUAAGUGAAGUCAUAUUUUACAAUAACAUGGGGUCAAUGAGGCCAACCGGACGGUUCCUUUCGUUUACGAACAACAUACAGAGAGCACAGAAACAAACUGUGCCUGGCAGUUUCCCUCAAAGUUUAUCUGGCAGUGAAACGGAUGUAUCGACUUCGAAUGAAAAUUUAUCAAGGGAGGAACGUUAUGUGGUCAGGCAUACAGCUCGGGUUGAACCACAGGGACAAGAGAACCAGAGCCAAAUAAAUAAUAAUAGAAACUCAUUGAAGGAAAGCAUCCCAGGAAGCAAUCGUAAUUCACUGAAAGAUUCAGUAGGUGGUUCAAACAGUAACAGAAGUUCUUUAGAUGUGUCGUCAUCCUCAUACAACACUCUAAUAAUUCACAACCAGGAUGAUUCAUGGCCAUCAAGACCCACACCUAUACGUGAACAUGAACGUUCAAGCAGUGAAGUAAAGCACCCUGCUACACAAUCAUCACCAUAUCAUACACUUAAAAAGGCUGAAGUUGGUAAGAAACCAAGCGGUAUACCUUUACCAAAGAGUCAUAAAGAACAACCAGUUACAAGCACAGCUAACUACAUUGAUAUUGGCGGCCAAAGGAUAUACACUAGCCCUCCGGAUCAUGGUGUUCAGGAAAUAAAUGAAAUACCAGACGAUUUUUUAAAUCAGUCGUCAGUAUUAAAACACCUUGCGAAAGAGGUGGCUCAGUCGCCUACACCCCACGGCCUCACGCCUCCUGCCUCGCCUCGAGCUCCUCCAUUGAGGGAGGAACCUCGAAAAAAUAAAGGCAAAGCGUCGAAAACUAAGCUAAGCAAAGAGAAAUUGAAUUUGUCAAGAUCACAGCCCGAUCUAACCAGCGUGGGUGUCCGCGCGGUGCCGGGGGGGUCCGAGUCGAGCGGCUGGUGCAGCGGCGGCGAGGGCUCGCUCGAGGAGCCCGACGACGCCUUCGCCGCAGUACUGGACGCUCUCGCCGCCGAGAACCAGCACCUCAAACGACAACUCGCCGACGCUUGCGAGAGGGUCGCCAAGACGACCAAGUUAGAAGAGGAGGUGGAAAAAGUCCGCAGCGCCCACGAAGAGUUGGUGGGCGCGUGUGACCGACGGGAGCGCCUGGAGCGGGCCGCGCGCGUGCGGCUGCAGGCCGACACCAGGCGGCUGCACGACCUCAACCGCGCGCUCAAACAUCAGGUGGAGGUGUUGUCUCAGGGGAUCCGCACCGAGGGCGACGGCGGCGCGGACGCGCUGCGCAAGGAGCUGCAGAGCAGGGAGAUGCUGAUCGCGCAGCUCAUCACGCAGAAUAAGGAGCUGGCGUGCGCCAAGGAGCGACAAGAGAUAGAGAUGGCGGCCCAGCGCGCCACCCUGCAGGAGCAGCGCACGCACAUCGACAUCCUCGACACCGCGCUCACCAACGCGCAGGCCAACGUCGUGCGCCUCGAGGAGGAGUGCCGGCACGCGGGCGGCUACGUGGAGCGCGUGCUGGGCCUGCAGCGCGCGCUGGGCUCGCUGCAGCACGCCGCCGACCGCCGCGAGCACUCCGAGCGCCAGCUGCGCGCGCAGCUCGAGGCAGAGCUCAACACGCUCAGGAAGCGCGAGUGCAAGUGCGGCAGCGCGGCGGCGGGUGCGGGCGGCGCGGGGGGCGAGGCGGAGCUGCGGCGGCAGCUGCGGGAGCGCGACGAGCGUCUGCUGGCGCUGGAGGGCGAGUGCGCCAAGUGGGAGCAGCGGUACCUGGAGGAGGCUGCGCUCCGCCAGGCGGCCGUCUCCGCCGCCUCCAUACCCAAGGACGCAAAAAUAGCGGCGCUGGAGAAAACGUCGGCCGAGUCGGAGCGGCUUAUGGCGGAGGCGCGCAGCGAGAAGAUCCGCCACAUGGACGAGCUGCACUCCGCGCAGAAGAAGGUCGCCGACCUCGAGAGCAGAGUGAAAGAGCUGGAGUCGAAGGUGGCAGAGCGGGACGCCAUGAUCAAGGUGCUGCAGAAGCACACGAGCGCCGCGUACGAGGCGGGCGGCGCGUCGCUCCGGAACCACUCCAGCCGCGAGGAGCUGGUGGCGCUCUCCUCCGGCGCCUCCUUCUCCAGCGCCGAGGGGGUCACCGGCCGGUACCGCAACCUCACGCGCAGGAACUACUCGCCGCACAACGACAACUCCAGCGGCAUCGGGUUCGAGAGCUCGUCCCUGCGGCUGGAGGAGCAGCUGGCGGCGCUGGACUCGCGGCUGGAGCGCGCGCCCGUGCCCGCCGUGAGUUACCGACACCCGCAGCACGACUACUACUGACGCGCCCGCACGCGCCCGCCAUAUACACCGCCCGUUCGAUUACCGGAAAUAAACAGCGUCCAAAACGCCGAGGUCAAAUACCUUGUCCUCACAAAAACACAUGCAAAUUAACUCUAGCGUAGCCGAAUUCCACGUAAGAACUCGUACAGAAGUUUCGAUAUAAAAAAUGUGAGUCGAUUUCAACAUAGCGUGUUUUCCUCACAAAACACGUGGACGCAACUUUUCGGAAAGCGCUUUCGGACAACAGUUUGACACGCAUACUUUUUUUAAGUGUGUCGUAAUUCGUUUAACGCGACGCUGAUUACUCCGUGACGUCACUCUCAGGUGUAAACACUAGAGCCUUACAAAAUACCUACUAAUGACGUCAUUCCCAAUUGGUCCUGUUUUUCGCCUAUCUAAGCGCUUGCAGCGUAAGGGUAGUCCCUGGAAUAGUUUCCAGCUACGCUCGGACUGGUAGGUGAGCUCAUUGCUAACACUGGCCCUAGCAAGAUUAGUGCUUCGCUGAACAGAGAGAAGAUCCGGCGAGAAACUUAGUGGUUUGUGUCUAUGGGUAGUUGGUCGAUAUGCAAAAAAUAUUUGGAAUUUAUUUGUAUGUUCUCAAGUGUACGUCGGAUCUACUUUGUUACUCAAAGGGCCUAUCACAUAAUACUCAAGGUAAAGGUAAUAAUUUCAGAUUUCUAUCUAGGUUUUGGACACAUCACUAUAAAGACCAGUUCGCCCAUUUGUCCGCAUAUUUACCGUAUAGAUUUUCACUAAAUAAUUCAUUUACAAUAUUCUCGAUAAAAAUAAAUUUAUUUAUAUUUAUUUUUGUCAAUUACU